AUGUGCAUCCACAAACGCGCCAUCUUCACUCAGUGUGGUCAUAUCACCUGGGGCAAGGAAGUUAAAGUCUGCAACCAAAAACUCGCCUUUGAGACAUCUCCAACCACAUCCACCGAGUGCGAGACAAUGUAUUCUCACCCAAUGCAUACUCUCAAGGUCAACAAGAUCUGCAAGGAGUGCUUGAAGAAGAGAGGUAAGACGGACAAGACCACAGAGAAGAUAAAGCAGGCGUUGAAGGAUAUCAAAGAUAGUGUUGAGAGAAUGGAGAAGAUGCAAGCUGAACAAGAAGUGACCGAGACUGCAAAGAAAACAUUGGCUAGUGCCGAUUUGGAUGACUUCGAUGAUUUCGAUGAUGAGGCCUUAAAGGCCUUGGAAUCAUGGGAUUGA